UCCUAUUACCAGACUCUUAGUCUUUAAACUCUCCUUAUCUCUUCCCUUGAUUUCCAAAACCAAAACCCAAACCCAAAAAAAAAAAAAAAAAAUUCCUCAAACUCUCCGGUCAGAAUCCACCACUUUCUUUGACAUGCCUAGCCAUUGCACAGUUUUGAUCUUUAGAUCUUAUAUUAGUUUGUGUUGGUGUUGAACUCUUGUUGAUAAAAUCCAUCAGUUUCAAAUGUUGAAGCCUUUGAUCUGCGGUACCGGCGGUUUCCAGAAAGAAGAAGAUGAACUGUCCAGCUGUUCUCUUUCUCCAAAAUCGAGCCCUGUUUCUACGCCGAGGAAAUCCAAGAGAAGCAACUUGUGUAAGAGCCAUAACAGGGAUAGCAAGAACCCAUACUCCAGCCGUGGACUUGACAAGUUCUCUGCGCUUCUUGCUGAACUCGAAGAGAAGAAGCAGAAGAUCUAUUCCCAGGUUGGAUCGCAGGACAUUUCUUUCGUUCGCUUUGUUUACAAGAACACCGACGAUUGUGUUCCGAUUGUGGUGAGAUUGAAGGACAAAAACGAAGCCGAGAAAAAGCUCGGUGAAACCAAAGAAAAGUCGCCGCCUGUGGCAGCCACGCGGGAUUCCGAGAUUUUGGACAAGUCUUCAAUCGAAUCUACGGCGGCAGGGGACAACAGAGUCAAGCAAAUGAAAGAAGAGCUCAACAAAGUGAAAGAGAAGAAGAGCUUCUCGUGGAAUACAAAGUUGCAUAAAUUGAGGUGGCCUGCAUAUUAUUUGCCGGCGGUUAUAGUCUUGAUUCUUCUGUUGCUGGUGUUUUUCGGGAGAUCGGCGGCGACGCUAUAUAUAUGUCUUGCUUGGUACAUAGUUCCUACAUUCAAGAGAGAUGGCAGGGAGAUGAAGAAGAAAGAUCAUGUUAGAAAAUUGAAUGAAAACAAAUUGAUAAGUGACGGGUUAUCUUCUCUCGGAAACAACAAAAUUGGAACUGUCACCAACAAGUCGCCGGAGCGGCGAGGUCAUCGCAAAAGCUGGUGAAGAUUAAAGAGGUACGAAUAAGAAUACAAAAUUUUAUUAUUUUUUAUAUUUAAAGGAUGUGAGUUUUAUUAUUUUUUUAGUUAAUAAUAUUAAUUUUUUUUA